AUGACCACUGCUACCGAGGACGAGCGGUAUCGCCAGUCAACCCAGUUUCGACUGUGGUCAUACUCGCCUGCCCAGCUCGCCGACCUACGCGCCAAGACGAACAGCCUCGCCAGACAAAACAUCUCUGAACGCCUCUCCUCGAUGGCCUCCUCCUCCUUCCUUUCCCCUGCCGAGGAGCAGCACCUCCUGCGCUUCUACACCGUCGAGACAUUGCGUGCAGCAGAGUUUUGCCAGCUACCUACCGAGAUACGGGCCACCGCCGCCAUCUUCCUACGCCGCUUCUUUGUGACUCACAGCGUCAUGACCUAUCCUCCCGCCAAGAUGCUCAAGACCUGUGUCUUUUUUGGUGCAAAGGCCGAAAAUGUCUACCCACGCGUCAGCACCAUUGCCAACAAGUUUCCCAACACCACCGGCGAGGAGAUUCUGGCUGGUGAAUUCUUGUUAUGUCAAGGCAUUCGCUUCGCCUUUGAUGUCAGGCACCCUUUUAUUGCCCUCGAGGGCACUAUCAUGCAGUUGCGGACCUUUGGCGAUGUCGAUGACGCCAGAAUCAAGAAGGCUCACAGCCGAGCACGCGAGAUCCUCAAGUUUAGCCCUAUCGUUACGGAUGCAUAUUUUCAUUACACACCCAGCCAGAUCAUGCUUGCUGCCCUGUCCAUCGCCGACCACGGCCUCUUCGAGCGAGUGAUGGAGGCCACCUUCACCCAGCGGCUACCGACCGAGAGUGGAACGAGCACACCGAGCUCGGGAGCCAAUGCCAAAGGAGCAGGACCGCAUAACAGCGCCCUUGUCUUGGGUCAGAUGGUCAAGGAGAAGACGCUCGCAACAGUCCAGGCGUGCAAGGAGAUGCUGCUGCAGGAGCCACCGGAGCGCAUGACAGAGUAUUGGGGAACGGCCGAAGCAAGCAACUUGGUGAAACCCAUCAAUAAGAAGCUCAGGCGAUGUCGGGACCCGGACCGGUUUGACCUGAUCGGGCUGCACAAAAAGAGACUGGAGUUUCGUGAAAAGGAGACGGCCAGUGCUAAAGGCGCGGCGGAAGAUGACGGGGCCGUGUUCGGCGGGAGCAUUGAGGCGCUCAAAGGUAGUGCUGAUCGGGAGUCUAAGCGGCGCAGGGUGGCCGGGGACGAUCCGUUUGGGCCCCCUCUGUGA